AUUACUUUCUUUCUAUAUCAGGAUUUCCUCGAUGGCCAAAUGUAUUGCAAGGGAAGGUUCUGAAUUCCAAAGCAAAGUAAGCUCUGUUAUGGGAUUUUCUAUCUCCAAAAUAAACCUCUUAACCAUGUACAUUUAAUCAUUUGCUGAAACACCGGCCUGAGCAAAUAUUGAUUCGUUAUUUAUUGAUCUGCAUUAAGUUAUUGUAGCAUUUUAAUUUUUUGGGUUUAAAGUACGUGUUUCUUACAUGCAUAUAUUGCCUUAAAUGGCCAAUAUAUGAUAUAUUUUAUGUUGAAAUUUAACUCAAAUGAGAUCCUCACCGACUCUCUUCCGUUGCGUAGAACUGCCUUUGGGCUGAUUUCUAUCAUUAGAUUUGGGUCGGUUUUGCCUGGAAAAACGACGGAAGUGAGUGUGAAAUGACUCUUCUUCCAUAUCAUUUCAAAUCUUCGUGCUAUUGCCGUCUACUUAUUUGUUACUUUGCAUGUCAAAAGUAAUAUCACUGUCUAAAAAAUUACCCUGUUAUACUGUACGUAUUUAACUGUUGACUGGAAUUUGACUUUGAGGUGUUUUUGAUUAAGCUAUGUUGGGUUGUAAAUACUUUUCUCAUGAACCCAAAUACUCAGCUCUUUGUUUGUAAUUGGUGUGCAACCUUCCAUCUGCGAAGUAGGAGUUUGCAAAUUAAUCAACAGCGUUUCGAGUUCCACCCGUCUCAUUGGCAACCACAGAAAUAUAUCAAACGAUCAUUGCCGGGUAAUUUCCGUGAAUAAAACCCACAUCUUGUUCCGAUGCUAAUCAAAUAUUCCACUGUUUGACAAUAACAGCUAAGUUCUUAAGCUAAAUGUUAAAAAUGAAGGCAUAACAUUCAUGAAUUAAUUCAACAUUCAAUAGAAUAAACUAUUUAUAAAACUAUAUCUAUGUUUAAUUCAAACUGUAACAUUGCUGACAAGGAGAGCUUCUGCUGACUGUUUAAAAAUUCGUCAAAAUUGAACAUUUGAGUAGCAGAAACAGGAGGUAACAAAAAAAUGUCCCAUGUAUGGGAUGAAAUAAAGUUCUUAUCUUAUCUUAUCUUACAAUCUGGCUAUGAAGAUUGCAUAAUGAAGGUGUGUGGUUUGCUACAUAUCCUCCAAAACGUUACACUCUUGAUGUUUGAUUAUCAAUAGCAAUGUAUACUUUUAUAUUAUUGUAUACAAGUAACAUUUUGUUUUCAAUGCACCCUCCAAAUGCUCUAUUUCAACGCUUUACAAUACAAGUGUGGACACAGACCUGCCACCAUUACAUGCAGUGUUUUUGAUAUGUAGUUGUCAUUAUGAAUAACAAUAAUAUAAUGCUUCUGUUGUAUGUGCUAAGGGGCUCUACUUUAGAACAAAAAGGCUGUGAUCCGCGUUAACAUUAUGUACAACUGUAUGAAUUGAGGCUCUUUAGAACUAGGCCUCAUUCAGCCAUCCCAUAAUGUCCCGGGUUCAAGGCCACCAUCCUUUAUUGUUUCAUGGAUCAAGAAGUGAAGCAGGCCACCCCAUAUCUGGGAGAUCUUCCAGUAUUGAGGAUGUUUAAAACAAGACAUCCAAUUCCACUACUGCACAAUAUAAUCAAAACGGUUGAAACAACAAGAAACACCAUCCACAAUCAAGAAAAAACUUGUUUUUUUAAACCAACUGUUGGUAGGACCAUGAUCAUUUGGUGACGCAGAAGCUAUAAAGCCACUUUCCAGUUGCCCUCUAGCUUCUUCGUCACUAAAAUAUAAUUAUGAGGGUGAGGAAAGCAGAGCUACGUCACGUCUCGUAGGCUAGAUGAUGGGAUUCCAUCUCUGCUGUUCUUCAUCUCCAGCUGCGCAAGGCACAGGUGCCUUCGGCUGUACUCCGGGUCUAAGUACCAACGCUAAGAUGCCAACUUUAGUUCUGCAGACAAGCAGGCUGCCGUUGAUACUCAUAUGGACUAUGUACUUUAAUGGACUUGUGAUCGCUUUGGAUGCCUCUUUCCAUUGCAUUAAAGGACAACGAGUAGCUAAUCGGGCUAAAAAAAUUUGUGAACAAUGCAGUGAAGGUUAUUAUCAGCCUGAAGCCAGUGAUUCCCAAUUCUGUGUGGCUUGCACAAAAUGCGAUGAAAAACGAGGGAGUAAAGAAGAAAGCCCGUGCUCCCCCACUGUGAACAGAGUAUGCCGCUGCCUUAAAGGGUUCAGUCCCAGUGAGGAUGACUCUGCCACUUGCAAAUGUGAAAAAGGUUCCGGGAAACCGAUGGACGGUCAUGAAGAGUGUCGAGAAUGUGGAGAAGGCUAUUUCUCCACCAGAAUUGAUUCAGUUUGCAGCCCAUGGACGAAAUGUACAGACAACAAAGUGCGGAUCAAUGGCAGCAAGACAUCAGAUGUUGUCUGCCAUGACCAUUUGCCUCCUAUCACAAUGACCCCUGGGUUGAAGACCGAGACCACCUCCUUGAGGACACUCCAUACGUCCCCGCCUCCAGAAAUCAGCACACCCACAGCGUUACCUCAUCAGAAGGCACCUGCCAAUAACACGCCGGCUGCAGUCCACAACAGAAAAAACCAUGUCAUUGGGGGGCUCGUUGUUGGAGUCGUUGUUGGACUGCUUAUACUGACUGCUGUGGUAAUUAGAUGCAGAGCGAAAGAGGACCCAGCGUGUAAAAGCCCCAUCAAAGAAACCCAGCAAGAAAAAAAUCAUUUAAUGGACACAGUAUAGACUUCUAUACGUAGCUCAGAUGGCUGGGCUGAACUUCGGUUAUAGUGGAACCUUUUCAAACGUCUAGGCUUAGCCUAGAGCCACCUCUUCAACGACUAAGAACAAACGUCUAUUAACCGUCCAUAUGUCAUCCAGGCUAAAUUAUAGCUAAUUUGGGCUAUCAGUGAUAGUUCAACAAACUUCUAGGCUUUGCCUAGCCUUCAGUAAGAUAUUUCUAUGAUUCAUAUGGACAUCUGAAAGCCAUCUAUACAAUGUCAAGGCCAUAUCACGGUUCAUGUUUACCUGAGAUUUACACAUAUUUGUAUUAAUUAAUAUAGAUCUAUUUUCUGCCUAAAUCUACAACAACUUUUACAAAAAAUGUAAUAUUCAAAUAAAUUGUAACCUCAUUGGUAUGUUGUAAUGCCUGUGUUUAUUGAGAAUUAUGUGCUGUCUCUGGUUCAUACAACUGGGUAUAGGAUUCCCAUUUAGUUUAAUACUUAUAGACCAUUAAUAUAACUAGACCAAAUAAGUUGAGUGUUUAACAAAUAACUAGUAACCUCUGUGCUCUUUCUGUAUCUGUAAAGGUCAGGUAUUUACCUAAAUAAGCCUACGUAAACUUAAGAGAAUUUCCGCUGAAGGGAAACGAGCAUCUUACCAACCACAAUCUAAAGCAAAGGUGAUAGCCUCUGAUUUGGUUAGCUGCUAGGUUAUAACUAUUUCACUCCCCGUCUCCUGUAUAGGCCCCCUAUAUUUUCUAAUAUUCUAAUAUAAAAACAACAAACAUACGAUUGGGGCUUAUCCUAAAGAAAGUUCAGGAACAUUGUCAAGGGAAAACAUAAUUGGUUGACUCACAUGUGUUGUGGGGUACACAGCACAUGAUUUAAUACGGAAGUGUGUUUUACGGGAAGGCGACACUGGUCUGUGACCGCAGCAUGUGCACCUUAAGUGACCAAAAUAACCAGUCGUGGGCUUUCACAUCACACAAGUUCGCAGAAGGUUACUGCUUCAUGGACUGUUUAACCUAGCCUUGGAACAGAACAAACGGACUAUCUGCGUGCUCAUGUUUAAAUUGCUCUCUUAAAAUGAGCUCUUUAAUUCUGUGCUUCGGACUUCUAUGUUUUAUUGAUGCUUGGGCUGUAAAUUUUGCUUUGUCCUGCGGGGAGCUGCAGUUUCAGAGUGCAGAAGGCAGGUGCUGUAAAUCCUGUGGUAAAGGUAAAUAUGUCUUGGUGGAGUGUUCUAAAGACCAUGAGACCGAAUGUCUUCCAUGUAAGCCAGGAACUUACAAGGACAGCAUCAGCCCUUCCGAGUGUCAAUCCUGCCUUACGUGUUCAAACAAAACACUGGAACAAUGUACAAAAACCACAAAUGCAAAGUGCUCCUGUUCUGAGGGCUACAUGUGUUCAGACGAACACUGUUCCAAGUGUGAGGUGAAGAAAAGAUGUCAACUUGGGGAGAAACUUAAGCGUAAAGGCAAGAGACAUGACACUACUUUUUUAACCAUUAUAAUACAACUAUAAUACAGUACAAUACAACAAAGUCUAAUAUGAUCAUUAAACAUUAUUCUUGCUUAAAGUUAAUGUCCUAAAAUGGGAAUUUGCAAACAUUAAGAAAUGUAGUUCAAGUGAAUUAAAGUUGAAUCGUUCCAAUAACAAAUAAUUUUAAAACUGAUGUAAUGACUAACGUACCAGUUUCUUCUAAUUCAGGAAAUAAGGAUUUUUCAUACGAAUGUGAACCGUGUCCUGAUAAAACAUACUCGGACACGCACGACGGCAACUGCAAAUCAAUAACUCAGUGCAGUGACAGCGGCCUCUUUGAAGUCUUUCCAGGAAACAAAACCCACAAUGCAAGAUGCUCUCUAUAUGAUGCAGAGGUGCCAUAUCGGUGGGAAUCAACGAUCAGUGUCAUUAACUUGGCUUGUAGCAUCUUGCUGCUGCUCAUCCUUCUCUAUGCCUGUGUGAAGAAAACUAUGAGGCACACACAUGGUUUGUACUCCAUAAUCCUGCAUUAUGGUUUUUUUUCCCAGUAGCUUGAGUUGUGAGAAAUCUAAAUUGGAGCUGAAUAAAAUUAAAUCCCUGGAUGGAAUGACAUCCAGAGAUGGCCACAUUUUAAUCUUUUAAAACGUUGUAGUAUCUGGAGAAAAUAGCUGCAGUAGAAAAGUGACAUAGCUCAGAUUUGGUCAUUUUGAUUCAACAAAACAAGCACUUCUCACAUAAAGAUGACUUAAUAUGUGUCCAUUCCCAAUCUUAGAUUUGGUAAGUAUAUAAUUAAUAUUGUAUUGAAUAGUGUAGUAGUAAUAUUUAGCAUUGAAAACUAUUUUCUAGAGGGUUCAAUGUGGAGACCAAGUUUUUUGGAAAUUACUUGUAUUUAAAAACAUGCAAUCUCCAUUUCUCUAGCGAACGACAUUGCUGUGUUUGCCCCUGUAUCUACAACCACACCAGAAUAUCCAUACCCAAAAGAGGAGAUUGGAGAAAAGUUUUCCAUUUGCCAACUAUGAUGUUCUGAUGCCAUGAUGUAUCCAAGGACAAUAUUAUUGGUGACUUACAAAGCAUUUAGAAACUAAUAUAGAUCUUAGAACACUUGUUGACUCAAUAGAUAUGGUUAUCAAAGAGAUACAUGGGUUUGAAAGGCUAUAUAGUCAGUGUCACUAUGUCCCCAUUGUAUUUGGGACAAUUUAGCUGCUUAUUUUCUGCAGUAUGUACGAUGAUGUCUUUUUUCAUAUAGGCCUAUAUAUUUUUUUAUUUUUUUAUUUUAUUGAAUGUAAUAUAUAACUAUCCUGUCCGUGGUGAGUAGAGACAGUUGACGUUGAAGGGCUUAACAAGUUGCACAGAUGUGGCAAUUCUUUCUGUUGGACUAAUUAGACGUACAAUGGCAAGCUUUAAAGUCGCACAAUUCCUACAGUAUUGUCCAUAAUGCUAAAGCAUUGUGGUAGUGCUGAGCUUGGAUUAACUUAAUAAAAAGACAAUCAUAACAUUUCCUUUGUCUUCAACCGGCAUUAUGUUUUUGUAUUUAAUUUUGAAUUUGCAUGUUGUAUUUGCACAUAAGUCUUUGCUUAUGUGUUGCAUUUGUCAGUAUCUCUUCUCUAUCUUUGAUUACUAUCAACCACUUUUUCUAUCUUAAAUAGGUGAACAUUCGUAAAAUAUAAUGUCUUACUGCCGAGAUAGUCUUGAGGCAAGAACAACUAGGCCUACUUAAAGGUACAAAAUGUAAUAUUUCGGCAUUCAAAUAUGUGAAAAAGACUAGACCAAUGAAAUAUUAUAAUUUCUUGGGUACUUGCAGUAUCCCAAAUGUUUUCAACCAUUGCUAAACUCAGGUUUAUCUGACAUUUAAAAUCGAAACGUCCCAGGCAAUCUUAAUAGCAUAAUUUCCCCUACCACUAGCAUACGGGAACAGAAAGGACUGGUGCCGGAGUGUCUGGGGCAGCAUGUCCGCCUCACCCGGCCCCAGACCCUCGAUGCAGCUCUGGACCAGGCAGAACGGGCUGAGGUGGAGCUGUGCAUCCGUGGACGCGGCUGGGGCAGCCCUCCCCCUCGGCACAAAGAACGGCGGGCUCCAGUCCAGGCAGCGGAAGGACCGGGUCCGGACGGCCACCUUUUCCGCCACCGACACGGCUGAGGCUUCCCAUGCGCUGUGCGAAAGGGCUGUCCGUGAGCUGCAGCAGUGUCGGCAGCUGGGGCUGGUCGAGGACUGCGCGUUGAUGGGGCAGCGUGCCACCCAUCCUCGUCCCCGGAGGGAUCGAGGAAGCCGGUGGCGGGCCAAUGUAUUUACCCCGUAUAAGAAGUGUAUCAUCAACAUGCAUUCAGUACCCACUAGGCUUCGAUUUCACCCAAGGCUGAAUUACAUCUUUUCCUAAACGUUGGUCAUCAACGAGGUCGU